CAUAGGUACGUUAGGGUUCCUCGAUUUCAAAUUCAAAAUCAGUGGCAGCAUUGUUAUUAAAACCAUAUCAAAGCCUGAAUUCCGCAACAGAAAUAGUAAAUAAUUUCGAAAAAGAUAGAAAAAGAAAAGAAGUCCCCUAUAAACACUACCACUCGCCUAACCCUCGUCUGGCCCCUCCUCUCCCGAUCCAUUCGAAUAAGGCUCCAAAAACCCUCAUUCUUUUUUAUUUUUUGUCCAUCUCUCAAUCUUCCAAAAACCGCGUCACUCUCUUCCCCUCUGUCAUUCCUCAAACAACCCAUCGAUCAUUUCACCUACAAAUUAAUCGGCGAUUCGAUUAGAUUGAAAAGAAGAAGCGAAUAUGUCUCUCAGACCGAGCGCCAGGACUGAGGUUCGAAGGAACCGAUACAAGGUGGCGGUUGAUGCGGAGGAAGGUCGCCGGAGGAGAGAAGACAACAUGGUCGAGAUCCGAAAAAACAAGAGAGAAGAGAACCUUCUUAAAAAACGCCGCGAAGGACUUCUCGCUCAACAGCAACAACCGCAGCAACAACAACUGCUCUCUUCAACCGCUGGUUCCGAGAAAAAGUUAGAAAGUCUUCCGGCUAUGGUUGCGGGUGUUUGGUCAGAUGACAGAAAUAUGCAGCUUGAGGCAACCACCCAAUUCCGAAAGCUGCUAUCAAUAGAACGUAGUCCUCCAAUCAAUGAAGUUGUACAAUCAGGUGUUGUUCCUCGGUUUGUGGAGUUCCUUAAUAGAGAUGACUUCCCACAGCUUCAGUUUGAGGCAGCUUGGGCUCUUACAAAUAUUGCUUCAGGGACAUCAGAUAACACCAGGGUCGUAAUUGAUCAUGGAGCUGUCCCUAUAUUUGUUAAGCUCUUAGGUUCUCCCACUGAUGAUGUUCGCGAACAGGCUGUUUGGGCACUAGGAAAUGUUGCUGGAGACUCACCUAAAUGCCGUGACCUGGUCCUUGGCCAUGGGGCAUUGGUGCCACUCUUGGCACAAUUCAACGAGCAUGCAAAGCUCUCCAUGUUGCGAAAUGCUACCUGGACUUUGUCAAACUUUUGCAGGGGCAAGCCACAGCCUUCAUUUGAGCAGACAAAGCCAGCUUUGCCAGCUCUUGAGCGUCUUAUCCAUUCAAAUGAUGAGGAAGUCCUUACAGAUGCAUGUUGGGCUCUGUCAUAUCUCUCAGAUGGUACUAAUGACAAAAUUCAAGCUGUUAUUGAGGCAGGAGUCUGCCCCCGACUGGUUGAGCUCUUGAUGCACCCAUCCCCAACAGUACUCAUUCCUGCUCUUCGCACAGUUGGAAAUAUUGUUACAGGGGAUGAUAUGCAGACUCAAUGUAUUAUAGGCCACCAAGCCCUUCCGUGCCUUUUGAACCUGCUGACGAAUACCUACAAGAAGAGUAUCAAGAAGGAAGCUUGCUGGACCAUUUCAAAUAUCACUGCUGGAAAUGUAGAUCAGAUACAGGCUGUAAUUGAAGCUGGCAUUAUUGCUCCUCUAGUCCAUCUACUUCAAAAUGCUGAGUUUGAGAUCAAGAAAGAAGCUGCUUGGGCAAUUUCAAAUGCUACGUCUGGUGGCACCCAUGAACAAAUAAAGUUUUUGGUAAGCCAAGGUUGCAUUAAGCCAUUGUGUGAUCUUCUAAACUGUCCCGACCCAAGAAUUGUCACUGUUUGUUUAGAAGGUCUUGAAAACAUUCUGAAGGUUGGUGAAGCUGAGAAAAAUCUGGGUCAUACUGGAGAUGUCAAUCUCUAUGCUCAGUUAAUUGAUGAUGCUGAGGGAUUGGAGAAGAUUGAAAACCUCCAAAGUCAUGACAACAAUGAAAUCUAUGAGAAGGCAGUGAAGAUACUUGAAACAUAUUGGGUAGAAGAUGAGGAUGAGGCAUUACCCACUGGUGAUGCUUCGCAACCUGGGUUCCAGUUUGGUGGCAAUCAACUUCCUGUUCCUUCUGGUGGAUUCAAUUUCAGUUGAAGAACGCUUGGUGGGGUGGAAUGGAGCUGAAAGGUCGGUAUUUUCUUUUUUCUUUUUUUUAUGGAAUUCACAUAUAUUCGAAGUCAUGCCACAGUAUGUUCUUAAGAAGUCGUCAAAUAAAGACAGGGUGUACGAUACGGUAAAGAGUCUGGAAGCCAUACAAAAUACUUUAAAAUUUUGCAAUGCGGUAGCUAUUCUUUUUCAGCAUCCUAACUCUCAGAUGCAAAGGGGGAGAGAUGCAGCCCAGUAUUCAGACUUCUGGUUUUUCCUCUUGUUUUGAAAGGAUGUAUUUGCUUCCUUUAUUAAAAGGCCCUUUUUUUUUUUUUUCGAUUUUAGUUAUAGUUUGGACAUCAUUUAUUUGGUCUUUCUGUUAAGAAAUAUACAGCUAUAAGGAAAAUUUUUUCUUUUCCGGUAGUGUAUUAUUGUCAGAAACUGUAUUGGAGUUAUAAAAUGUCUGCUAAACAUGUCUAGUUGUGGUCCUUCUAAAUAGAAUUUGAUUUAUUCCCGAAA